AUGGAGAGCUGCAGAUGGCAAAUCAGAGCAGCGGCUCAAUUGAUGGGACCUUUGCCAGCCGCCAGGGUGAACCCAUCUCCAGCAUUAUAUGUCACAGGCUUCGAUUGCGCUGGUCCAAUAUCCAAAAGGCAUGGAGAAAUAAGGAGCAGGGUCCUCACCAAGGCACCUUUCGUUUGCUUUAGCACUCGUGCCAUUCACCUAGAACUGAGGAAGGCCGAUUUAAAUCCAUUCCAACAAUGGGACGAAUUUUAUCGGAGCCAACAGAAUAUUGGAUGGGUUCCUAAACAAUAA